AUGUCGGGGAGGCUCGCGCAUUCUCCGCUCACACUCGCUCUCGCCUCCUCCUGCCUCCCUAAGCGGCACCCUCGAUUCCCGCGAGCCACCAUGGGUCACGAGACGGUCUGGAACUCGCACCCGAAGAAGCACUCCCCCGGCGCUCGUCUGUGCCGGGUGUGCGGUAACUGCCACGGCAUGAUCCGCAAGUACGGCCUCAACUGCUGCCGCCAGUGCUUCCGCACCUACUCCAAGGACAUUGGCUUCCUCAAGCACAAGUAA